GCCCAGCGGCGCCUACAAGAUCUGCGCAUGCGCCCAGCCCAUUUUCUGAGACUUCCUUCGCGCGGGUGGAGAGCCAGAUUGGGCGCCAGGAGGCGGAAAUACGAAAGGGCGGGUUCCGGUGACCCGCGGAGACGACGAAGACAGCCGGAAUGGAGGAGGUGCCUCAGGGCUGUCCCGGGACCGGCAGCGCCCAGGCGGGCCGAGGGGCCUCAUGUCAGGGGUGCCCCAACCAGCGGCUCUGCGCGUCUGGAGCCGGCGCAGCUCCGGACCCAGCCAUAGAAGAAAUCAAAGAAAAACUGAAGACCGUGAAACACAAAAUCUUGGUGUUAUCUGGGAAAGGUGGCGUCGGGAAAAGCACGCUGAGCGCCCACCUCGCCCACGGCCUGGCAGAGGACGGAAACACGCAGGUUGCGCUUCUGGACAUUGACAUCUGUGGGCCGUCAAUCCCCAAGAUGAUGGGGUUGGAAGGAGAGCAGGUUCACCAGAGUGGCUCUGGCUGGUCUCCAGUGUUCUUGGAAGACAACCUCGGGGUGAUGUCGGUGGGUUUCUUGCUCAGCAGUCCUGACGACGCCGUUAUCUGGAGGGGACCGAAGAAAAAUGGCAUGAUCAAGCAGUUCCUUCGGGACGUGGACUGGGGCGAGGUCGACUACCUCAUCGUGGACACCCCGCCGGGCACGUCGGACGAGCACCUCUCGGCCGUCCAGUACCUGGCGGCGGCGCGCAUCGACGGGGCCGUCAUCGUCACCACUCCUCAGGAGGUGUCCCUCCAGGACGUGCGCAAAGAAAUCAACUUCUGCCGCAAGGUGAAGCUGCCCGUCAUCGGAGUGGUGGAGAACAUGAGCGUCUUCGUCUGCCCCAAGUGCAAGAAAGAGUCUCAGAUAUUCCCACCAACGACAGGGGGCGCGGAGCUGAUGUGCCAGGAUCUGAAGAUCCCUCUCCUGGGAAAAGUGCCCCUGGACCCACACAUAGGUAAGAGUUGCGACAAAGGACAGUCUUUUUUGAUGGAGGCACCAGACUCGCCAGCUGCUGUAGCCUACAGAGGGAUCAUUCAGAAAAUCCAGGAGUUCUGUGGCCUCCAUCAGCCACAACCAGAGCACCUGAGCGCUUCCUGAAACAGGACAUGCCAGACGCAGGCCGCAUGUGCAGUCCAGCCCGAGCAGCGUGGGGACAGAGUGGGGGUCACAGGCAGAAAGGGACCGGACUCUGGUAGGGCGUGAAGUCAUCUUUGAGAGAUGCUUUAAUCAUGAUGUUUGUAUACUUUUCGACAUACAUAAAGGCAUUCUUUACAAAUGUGCCAUCUUAAAAAUAAAAACCUCUGAGCUCUC